AUGCGCGAUGCGAUGCUGCUUGCUGAAAUUUCACUCUACUGUACACUCCAGAAAGAAGACUGCGUUAAGCCUACCUUCACAAAUGAUGGUUUCAGCUCCAAAUUUGCAAUUUGGAAGCAGCAAUAUGGAUACCUCCUUGAUCUACCUACAGGUCUUAUGCUGAAGUUCAGUUACUGUAUUGCCAACGUCAUCCUAGCAAAACGAACUCUGGAUAGGGUUGAAGCAGAUGCGUUGAAUCUCGCCUCGUCGCUCUCGCCACAGACGUCUCGCAGUUCUACAGUGAACCUCCAAGACCCUUCCACAAAGUCCCUCCAAGGCCAUGUAUACGAACUCAGCUUCCGAGUCAUACAGGCAUUCAUCGCUAUACCAAGUUCAAGCUCUGGAGAUUUACCCGAGUUCCAUUCCCUCUGCGUUGCUUAUGCCCUGCUUAUUCUGGGUCAAUACGAUGAGCUGCCCCCGGCCGUAGCCAAAAAUGAGCUCUAUUCUGCCUUGCAAGAAAUGAGGCGACGCUGCAGUGAAUCGAAUGCGUAUUCCGUGGCAGUUAGACUCAGUGUUGAACGGGCAUGGGACAAUUUCUUGAGGGUAGAUGGUGUUAAUUCGGCCGAGGUUGUACGGCAAGAGUCGCAGUUUCAUAGCCAUGCUGCUCAGAACACCAACGCCAAUAAGGCAUAUCACAAUACUGGGGCUGGGGGUCAAGUUGAAUCUCUUGAUCUCGACUUCUUCUUCAAUGGAGGUUACUUGGACCUGCUCGACGUCGACAACUUCCUCGUCUAG